GGCCCCCGCCCCUUUGCACCGGCAGCGGGGCCAUGGCCGGGGCCGGGAGCGCAGCGCGGGGGCUGCUCCAGCCCUGCAGCGCGGAGGAGCCACGAAAGCAUCUGGCCCCUCUGGGAAAAGAGAGAGAAGCAGCCAAAGCCAAGGAGGAGCGGCAAAGUGAGGAGCUGCUGAAACAGACGGAAGCCGAGAGGCAGAAGAUCGUCUGGGAGUGGCAGGAGCUGCGAGGGUUUCUGGAGGAGCAGGAGCAGCAGCUGCUGUCCCGGCUGGAGGAGCUAGAGAGAGCCAUUGUCCAGAGAAGGGAUGAGGGCAUCUGCAGCCUGUCCUGGGAGAUUUCCCUGCUCAGCGAGAGGGGAGGAGAGAAGGGGCAGCAGCCGCUGAGCCAAUCCCUUCAGGGUGCUGGGAGCACUGGGGGCAGCAGGGAGGAUGGGACGUUUCAGAAGCCAGAACCAUCAUUUGCGGAGCUGGAGAAGAGACUCAGCGAUUUCUCUCUGAAAAGUGCCAUGCUGCAGGAGGUGCUGCUGGGAUUCAAAGAGAUGCUGCGACGGGAGCUGGGGAACGACACAGCCAUCCCAAUGAUUUUUAAUUUCUGGGAAACAUCCUCAGCAGAAUUAUUUGAAGGUGUCACACCGGAGAGUAACGGCACAGAGGCAGUGGCUUGUGGGGAAGAGGGAGGCAGAGUAACACCCACCUUUGGCUCCAGAUUGUCCCAGCCUCCCAGGAGACAGGGAAGGGAACUGGCUGUAAUGGAGCCAGUCCAGGGGCCGAUGACCUUCGAGGAGGUGGCUGUGUAUUUCACCAGGGAAGAGUGGGCUCUGCUGGACCCCCGUCAAAGAGCCCUCUGCAGAGACGUCAUGCAGGAGAACUAUGAGACUGUGACCUCGCUGGGGUUUCCAGUUUCCAAACCUGAUGUGAUGUCACAGCUGGAACAAGGGGAAGAGCCGUGGGUCCCAGACCUCCAGGGCUCUGAGAAAGAAGUGCUUCCAAGAGCUGCCUGCACAGGGAGUGACCUACGUCUGGAUUCUCUCCGUCACCCAUCAGGUGAUGGGAUGGUGAGUGAGAAUGAGGAGGAGAAACCCCGGCAGAAGGAUGUUGAGCAAGUAGAACCACCUGGGACAUUAUCAGGAAGAUCCAAAGGGAAUGUUUCUGGGAGUUGUGCACUCCCAGAAAAAGAGAGAGCCUGUGAGACUGAGCAGAGGCCAGAGGAAAACUUGAGUAGCCACUCAGACCUUACUACUCGUGAGAGCAUCAACGUGGAAGAGACACACUACACAUGCCAUGAGUGUGAGAAAAGCUUCAAUGGGAGCUCAGACCUUUUCACACAUCAGAGAAUCCACAGAAGAGAGAAACCCUACAUGUGCUCUGAGUGUGGGAAAAGCUUCAGUCGGAGCUCAGCCCUUAUCACACACUGUAGAAUCCACACAGGAGAGAAACCUUACACGUGCACGGAGUGCGGGAAGUGCUUCAGUUGGAGCUCAAACCUUUUCAAACAUCAGAGAAUCCACACGGGUGAGAAACCUUAUGGAUGCUCUGAGUGCGGGAAACACUUCACUGAUAGUUCAACCCUCAUCUCACAUCAACGAAUCCACAUAGGAGAGACGCCUCACACAUGCGCUGAGUGCGGGAAAAGCUUCAAUCAGCGCUCAAACCUUAAUAGACAUCAGAAAAUCCACACAGGAGAGACGCCCUACACAUGCUCUGAGUGCGGGAAAAGCUUCAAGUAUAGCUCAAACCUUAUGACACAUUGUAGAAUCCACACAGGGGAGAUGCCCUACACAUGCUCUGAGUGUGGGAAAAGCUUCAGUCAGAGCUCACACCUUAUCAGACAUUGUGGAAUCCACACAGGAGAGACGCCCUACACAUGCUCUGAGUGUGGGAAAAGCUUCAGUCAGAGCUCACACCUUAUCACUCAUCGGAGAAUCCACACAAGAGAGACACCCUACACUUGCUCUGAGUGCGGGAAAAGCUUCAAUCAGAACUCAGACCUUAUCCGACAUCGGAGAAUCCAUACAGGAGAGACGCCCUACACAUGCUCUGCAUGUGGGAAAAGCUUCAAUCACAGCUCAAACCUUAUUAGACAUCAGAGAAUCCAUUUGAGGGAGAACUGUAAUAAAUGCCUUGACUAGGUUUGGCCAAAUUUUUUUUUUUUAAAUUCCAUUUGCUGAUUCGCACAUAGUGAUCUUUGCACCAUCUUCACGGUAGUCUCUCAGCUCCCCCAGAUAAGUUGCCUGCUUCUACCUUUUGCAGCUCACCCUUUUUUGAGGUCAGUCCUGUGAUCUUUUCUAUCGACUCCUUUCCUUUUGAGUCGUAGGAGUGUGUGUCCCUCCAGCCAGGAACGUUCAUCAGCCGCAGGUGGGAGCGAGAUCCCAACAAGCUACACUGAGGCAAGAACUACCUGUGCCUUCCAUCCACUAGGGCUGUACAUGGCUUUGGCUGCUCAAGUUAGUCAUCUUGGUGUAAAAAGAGAAUUACAGUUGUAGAGCAGAUGCAGCCCAGUUGCAGUGGUUGGCAUUAGCUUUCCCCUUGACCUGACUUAAACACUUGUCAGAAAAAACUACCAGUUUCUUUUGCAAGCAUUUGCAUUGCAAGGCAGAGGCAGAAGCAGUCUUCUCUGUUUCCUCAAAAGAUUGACCAAAAGGUGGAAAGAGCGGACACGUUUGGCAAGGCACCACUGGAUGCUGCAUCCCUAACCUCCACUUUACCUGGCAGGUGGCUUGGCCAGCUUAGGCACGGUGCCGCUCUCUGGGACUUUUCUCCCAACUGCUCCAUUUUUCAUUAAUGAGAAUCAAAAGGAAGGUGACAGAAGAGUAUUGCCUAUAAGGAUCUCUGUGCGUAGACAUCCCCAGCGAAUCCCAAGGACGUGUGGCACAGGCUCUUCCGUUGCAGCAAUUGCAGUCGAAGCAACCACCAUGCCAAUGCCAGUCACAGCAGCCUUUUCAUCAACUCCAGGCUUGUGAUUUGAUUCUUUUCAAUGCUUCUCUCUAAAGAAGCCUUUUCCUUAGCAAGCAAUUACUGGGAUUGCCAAGGGAGGUCUCUUCUCUUUCCUAGAAAGGCAUAGGAAAAUGUGAGCGGAGGAGACCGAAAGCCAUAAAGAGACCAAGGCACCACUGGGAGUUGAACCCAGGAUCUCCUGUUUACUAGAGAGGUGCUUUAUCCAGCUUAGCAAUGGUGCCUGCCUCAAGAAACUGCUUUCAACUGUUCCACUUGAUGGUCCAGGACAAUGCCUGCAAAUUCCAAAGUACCGACAUUCCCCAUUUCCCUCAAGACUUACAGACCUUGAGGUGUCUGCCUCUCUGUGCACAGAAAGCCACAGCUGAGCUGACAGAGGGAUUCUAACAUGUGCUUCUCCCGCCAGUCACUGUGAUCCUUUAGUGGUUAGUGCUCUGCAUUUCAGUUGCAGUAACCUCAGCUCAAUUCUGAGUCAUGAUAACCUUUCCAUCAGCUCCAGACUUCUCAUUUGCUACUUUCCAAGUGUGGUGGGGCAGAUGCCCCACACAGGCAGGAGAAAAGAUAAGGCAGCCUUGGAGAGGCUGUGCAGAACCCAACCAAUCAGGAAAGGACCUAUUGGGAGAGCCACUCAAGAGAUGGCUUGUUGGAGGAGCCCAUAUAAUUCCCAGGAUGGCCAGCAGGAGACACUGCAGUGGUGAGGCAUGCUCCAUUACAUCAAGACUUAGCUGCAAGGAAGGCUCUCUCUGUCUUGAACAAGCACUUAGAAGGAUUGUGCUGACAGAUCUUUCCUUUUUAUGAAAAAAGAUACAAAAAAGGAGACAUUAGAGACAUUAGGUUCAGCAAGGAACAACUGAGAGGCCAAGCCAAGAUCUCCUGGUUAGUAGGAAGGCUCUUCAGCCAGCUGUUUCCAAAGAUCACUAUCUAGAUGCCUAUUAACAGCCAUUGCAGAUGUUCACCACAAAACAGACAAAGAGAUGCCGAAAUAGAGUUCUCCACUGCCUGCAGACAUCAAGCUACCAGGAGUUCUGUGCACAGAGAGGCCUCUGCUGGUGGAAAGAUGCUUUGGUAGAGACUCUUCUGACACCAGCCGUGGUCAUAUAGUGUUUAGCACUCUUUGCUGUGGCAUCAACAUCCACGGAUGAAAGUUCAGUUAUGGGGACAUUUUUCUUGUCUCCACAUUUGUCUAGUGGCUCCUUUCAACACUUGUCACCAAAAAGGCCUGUUUCUUUUGCAAGCAAUGUACAGCUAGGCAAAAGCAGUCUUCUCCAUUUCCUGAAAAGAUCAACCAAGCCAUGGAGAGAGGAGACAUUCAGCCAGGGUUUGUCAUAACUAUAAAAGGAAAGAUAACAGCCCUCCUGUGUACUAUACUAUAAAAUCCCUCCUGGCCAGAGACUGGCCAGACACACCAAAAUCCCUUUACCUGUAAAGAGUUAAGAAGCUCGGGUAACCUGGCUGACACCUGACCCAAAGGACCAAUAAGAGGACAGGAUACUUUCAAAUCUUGGUGCGGGGGAGGCUUUGUUUGUGUGCUCUUUGUUUUGGGGGCUGCUCGCUCUUGGGACUAAGAGGGACCAGACAUGAAUCCAUGCUCUCCAAAUCUUUCUGAACCAGACGCUCAUAUUUCAAACUUGUAAGUAACAGCCAGGAAAGGUGUGUUAGUUUUAUCUUUGUUUUCUCAACUUGUAAAUGUUCCUUUUGCUAAAGAGUUUCUCUCUGUUUGCUAUCAAGGAUCAGAGGGGCAGCCGUGUAAGCCUGGAUCUGUAAAAGCAGCAAAGAAUCCUGUGGCACCUUAUAGACUAACAGACGUUUUGGAGCAUGAGCUUACGUGGGUGAAUACCCACUUCGUCAGAUGCAUGUGGUGGAAAUUUCCAGGGGCAGGUAUAUACAUGCAGGCAAGCUAGAGAUAAUGAGGUAGUUCAAUCAGGGAGGAUGAGGCCCUGUUCUAGCAGUUGAGGUGUGAAAACCAAGGGAGGAGAAAUUGGUUCUGUAAUUGGCAAGCCAUUCACAGUCUUUGUUUAAUCCUGAGCUGAUGGUGUCAAAUUUGCAGAUGAACUGAAGCUCAGCAGUUUCUCUUUGAAGUCUGGUCCUGAAGUUUUUUU